AUGACAAGGAAGGCAUUUCGACCUAUUGGAGUAGAUGUCGACGCUGGAACUCACGAUGACCGCCUCUAUAAUACAGUAUUUGACGGCUGGAGAGCUAAUCUAAGAAAUAAACUUUUGCCUCUUGUUCGACAUGAGACACCCAUCUUGGCUUCUAUGCAGAAAUCGAUUCGUACAAGUGCAUUUGAUAAUUAUUUCGUUUGGACAGCCAACUUGGGCACUCAUACCUUCUUUAUGGUAUUCUUGCCUAUUCUCAUUUGGUUCGGUAAUGUCGAGCUUGGGAGAAAUGUGUGCUUUUUGACAGCUUCCGGUGUAUUCUGGUCAGGGUUUUUAAAGGAUUUCUUAUGCCUUCCUAGACCUCUUUCGCCACCCGUUCAUCGAUUGACCAUGUCUCCUUCUGUUGCUUUGGAAUAUGGAUUCCCUUCUACUCACUCUACUAAUUCAGUCUCCGUUGCUUUGUUUUUUAUCUCAAUGGCAUGUGAAAAAUUUACCCCUGAAUCACCAGCAAGACUCAUAUCCAUUCUCGCAUGUCUUUUCUAUGCAACAAGUGUAGUGUUUGGAAGAAUAUAUUGUGGAAUGCAUUCAGUUACAGAUUGUAUUGGAGGGGCUGUCUUAGGUUACAUCGUCUACUGGGUACAGUGGACUUUUAAAAGUCAUCUUGAUUCAUUGUUUACAAGUGAUUCGUAUUGGAUAUUCAUGGGUAUUCCUAUAUGUCUCAUGCUUGUCUCUCUGCAUCCUGAUCCAAUGGAAAGAUGUCCAUGCUUUGAAGACAGUGUUUGCUUUAUGGGUGUUGUCAUUGGUCUCAUGCCUGGAAGUUGGUUGUGUAACCAGGUCGACAGUUGUCAAGCAGGAUUGACCUCGAGUCUUUCUAAAGAGGCAGGUAUGAUGGCCAUUCUAUUUUUAUUACUUAAACUCGUCAUAGGCGUUGCUUGCUUAUUUAUAUGGCGAAUUGCAUGUAAAAAGCUAUGUUAUUAUAUUUUGCCACCCAUUUACCGUAUAUUUAAUUUACCACAUCGUAAAUUUGAGAUUGGCGCAAGGACAUACAAGAGCUUGCGUAGAGAAAGCAUUCAUCCUGUUCCUUCUGUCUUAGACUUCCACUCGAUGUCAGGAAAUAUUUCAGAACAUGAACACGUUGGUAUCCAAUCAGCUAUCGAUUUACGAGAGCAUAGAGAAAGCACUCUCUCUUAUCGUGGAGGACGAAACCUGGAGAAAGAAGCCAUGUUUGAUCCUACCUCGUUAUUGAUUGUUGAAGACGCUCCAUUAAGAUACGACGUGGACAUUGUUACUAAAUUAAUUGUUUAUUCAGGUAUUGGCUUUAUUGCUGUAUUUAUUGUUCCCAUUUUAUUCCAUUCCAUGAGAAAAGUAUUAUAA